AUGCAUGAGUACCCGCGGGUUCCACUCAGACCUCCACAUCGUCCCCUUAUUUGGGGAGACUUGAACGUAAUCCACACCACCGAUACGCAUGGUUGGCUACUCGGGCACCAGAAGUUGUCCUGGGCGGAACCAUACUACAGUGGGGAUCUCGGAGACUUUUCUAGCUUUGUAACUCACAUGAAGCAAAUCGCCAUCGAAAAGGAUGUCGAUCUUCUUUUGAUAGACUCAGGUGAUGUACAUGACGGAACUGGUCUUUCUGAUGGUUCUCACGGUGGUGUCGACGCACACGAUUCAAACAAGUUCAUCGAGCGCCUCCCCUACGAUCUCAUGACCAUCGGAAACCACGAAUUGUAUGUCUAUGCGGAUACGUAUGAUAUGUACACAAGCUUUAUCCCCCAUCUCGCCGGGCGAUACUUGACAUCUAACGUCAACAUCACUAUUUUCGACUCAGACGGCAAGUCUGAAAGUGUUCCAGUGGGCAACCGUUACGCCAAGUUCACCACAAGGAAAGGUCGUCGUAUCACUUCUCUUGGAGUCAUAUUCAAUUUCACUCAGAACGCUGCAAACACGACUGUGCAAACCGUUCAAGACAUGGUCAAGGAGCAGUGGUUCGUUGAGGCCAUUGCAGAAGAGCCUGACGCGUUCGUACUGAUCGGACACAUGCCAGUUUCUUAUGAUAGUUGGCCUACUGUCAUCAACGCUGUGCGGGCCGUGCACCCUCUGACCCCCAUCCUAGUAUUUGGAGGACACACCCACAUUCGUGACUGUCAACAGUACGAUGGUCGUUCUAUGGGUAUCGAAAGCGGACGUUACAUGGAGACAAUCGGCGCAGACCUCGAUGCCGCCAAGGGCAACCACGACAAUAUCACUUUCACAAGGCGAUAUCUUGACCAGAACCGUGUGACCUACGAGUACCACACCCAUACCUCGAGAAAUUCAUUUGACACUAAUAACGGGCGAUCUAUCACCUAUGGCCUGCAAGAGCUUGCGGCCCGUUAUGACUUGUCCUAUCCGUACGGAACAGCUCCCCAAGACUAUACCUUGUCCCAGAACCCCUAUCCUUCCAAUGGGUCUCUUCUGUCUCUCUUCCUUGACCAUGCUGUCCCAUACGCACUCGCUAUUAACAACACUCGCGAUUCCAUUCCAAACAUAAUUAUCAUCAAUUCGUGGGCUCUACGCUUCGACCUCAUGAAGGGAUCGUUCACCAAGAACGAUCAGCUAACAAUUAUGCAGUAUAAGGAUACAUUCUUGUACAUUCCCGAUGUCCCAUCUAGCAUUGCAAACCAGGUGCUUCCCGCUUUGGAUAACCCGACGGCGAUGAAACAGAAACGAGAUGAAAUCGACAAUACUCGGGACAGUGUCUGGUUGGAGAUAGACGACCGUCCUGGACGAGAAGCAACUUCAGACAAAUGGGCAUUCGGAUAUGUCACGAAAGAUUCAUGCCAUGACGCUGGUCAUGCGGACGACACACUGCAUACGGCGUUGCCCUACUACACGGCUCCAUACUACAUUAGCUCGAACCCCCCUAACGUGACGGCCGACACGCUUAUAGAUAUUGUCUUCCUCAACUACCUUGGAGAGGAGAUAAUCCCCAUCCUCAACAAGUUACAGAAAAAUAAGAACUACACCAUGGAUGAUGUUUUAUCGUAUAGUCCGACGCUGACUAGCGAUAUCCUGGGCCUGUAUGCUCAGGCUAAGUGGAACUGA